AUGGAACACAGAGUAUUAAAAGUCCUGCCAGCUGAUGUGCAAUCUAGACUAAGAUCAGAUGUAGCUAUAACCAGUGUAGCUCAAUGUGUGGAAGAACUAGUCUUGAAUUCAUUGGAUGCUGGUGCAGUAUGUAUAGCUAUACGCUUAGAUUUGACCACCUUCACUGUGCAGGUAGUGGACAAUGGUACUGGAAUAUCUCAAGAUGAUUUAAAACUGAUUGGUGAAAGGUAUUCUACUAGUAAAUGUCAGAAGUUGGCUGAUUUAGAUAAUUUGGAAUAUUUUGGAUUCAGAGGAGAAGCUUUGGCCAGUUUACGUGAUAUUUCAACAGCUCUAGAAAUUCACUCUCGAAGUCGGCAGUCCUCUAUGACCUACUGUAAACUUUUUAACCAUGGGAAACCUGUAGCUGUAGCAGACUCCAAAUAUCCACGUCCAUGUCCAGGCACCACCAUCACUGUCCAUAACUUAUUUUACAACCUCCCUGUCCGACAGAAAAAUAUAUUUCCUACUUUGGAAUUGGAACGAACCCGAUAUCGUAUCGAAGGCAUCUCUCUGAUCAAUCCGUCCAUUAGUUUCAGCUUGAGGAAUGAUGCCACUGGUCAUAUUUUGCUGCAGACUCAAAAGAGUAACAGUAUUCUUACAGCCUUUAUGUAUCUGUUUGGUGGAAAUCUUUCUAAGCAUUUAAAACCAGUAGCUAUCGAUAAGGAACUAUUUCAUAUAGAAGGAUAUAUCGGCAAAGAUGGCUACAACAAGAAGCUUUUACAGUUUGUGUAUGUAAACAAUCGUUUGGUCUUGAAAACUCAAGUUCACAAAAUUGUAAACAAGACUAUGACUAACUGCAUUCACUUUAGACGGAAAGUAACGAAGGAUGUCAAAAGUUCAACUAGUGGUACCUCUCCAAGGUGCAUGGAAAAGCAUCCGAUGUUUGUCAUCAACAUCAAAUGCCCAUUGAAUAUUUAUGACAUUACCUUUGACCCUAAGAAAACUUUGGUUGAAUUCAAAGACUGGGAAACUUUGACUUCAGCUGUGGAAACCAUGGUAACUGACUUUUUGAAAUCUGAGAAUUUAUGGUAUUGCACUGAAUCUGAU